GUUUCUAAUAAAAUUUCAUGGCUAUGAAUUAACUAUUUCCGAAUUGAACUGGACGAAAACUAUAAACAGAUUUGUUUCCGGAAUAUCUCAGUGAAUUAUAACAUCAUCCUUGUUAGAUAUUUGUGUCAUUUGUAAUGUCAUAAAUAGUGCUUCAUUCUCACCGAUUUUUCAAGGAUAUUUCCCUAUUGCGCAACGGUAGGUCUAAUAUUUCGGUGUUCCUUCCACGUGUUGGUUAGGGUCGAAACCGAUAUGAACAAAUAUCAAAAUAGCAUAAGUUUUCAUUAACACCCACCAUUUCCCUUUCAUCUUCUGCGUUUUCCAACAGUGUUGAACCUGUCAGCAAUAGAAAUCAUGAUGUUGAAUGUCUCAGCGUUUGGUUGCCUUGUGGCCUUGUGUUCUAGCAAUUAGCUGAACAUAACAGUCCUGUUUGCUAUUGAUUAAUUUAACAAUGUGAUACUCAUUUCAUGAUGUGAUGGAUAUUGUUGUCGAGUUUGUAAUAUUAAGUAUUGAAACAAACUUCCCAACCUAUGAUAAUUAAUACAUGUUUGAUUCUAAUACUACUACGAACUACGCUAUCUCAAAAUUUCAGUCGAUGUCCUCAUGAAAUUUAAUACAUUUACCGUUCUGUUCUCUAAACACUAAGAUAAUUAUUAAGAUCGAUGCAGCAAUAUUAAGAAUUUCUCAGGUUUGGAUACAGCGACUGCUAAGAUAUUACUCAUGAAGUAUCGUUUUGAAAAGUACUGAAUGGCAGUUAGUUAUAUAAUGAAUAUUUCUGUUCUCAUCAGUGCAAGAUUGAACAAGAGACGAACACAAAAGCUGGUGCCUUUAUGUUUCCACAAGCAAGGUGCUUUCCACCCAAAAAACAGUCCUUAUAAAACUUCAUACAAUUGAAACUGAACGCGAAUUGCUCACUGUAUGCUAACCGAUCUACCUAUCAAGUUUGUAGUGUACAGCAAUAAUCAAGCCCAGUCAAUCAUCACUGAAAUAUCAUCACUAAGCGACGUGAUAUGACAGUGGGGCACAGUAUAUCUCGUUAUCAGAUAUUACAAGUCAUUUCGGAGGAAGCUCUGCUGGAUACACGUCUCAUGAUUGUGGACACUGUUUACAUGAUAAAUAUUGAACCCAGCACCUUAGUCACACCCUUUGCUCAAAUCCUAGCGAUUCUAAAUAGGGCAAGGGAUUUUCUGUCCGAUUUCACUUCAAGUACCUCAUCGCACUCUAAUGAUUCAAAUAUGUUCGGAAUGCAAUCUCCUAGGAAAACUUCAGAAAGUGAUGAAAAAUACUCCAAUCACCUACAUCAAUUUGACGUACAUUAUGUGAAUGAGUUAUUGCAUGAAUUCGAUUGGUGUCUAGAAGUAUUGGAAAGCCUACAGUGUAAACGUUCAGUUAGCAGUUUAACACGAAUGAAGUUCCGAACUCUACUUAGUCAAGAGCUGGCUGCUUCAUUCAAUCCGCCCGAUACAGAAAUGAACAAAGAAUUCUUAAAGAAUACCUCAAACACCCAUUCUUCUUCAUCGCUUACGAAUGUACUAGAUGACUCCAAACAAAAGUCUUCACAUGAACAAGAUUAUAAAAAAUCAAAUACUAUGAGUCAAAUGCAAACGCGUAAACAACAAUUUGCUCAUUCUUCAUCACAAGUUUGUGAAUACAUUUGCAGAACAUUUUUAGAAGAUGAGGAUGAUGAUGAUGAUGAUGAAAACGUCCAACGGAGUGCAAAAUCUUGGAAAUCAACAGGUGAAAAGUCAAUUUAUAUAACAAGUCCAAGACUGAAAGUUCGAUUCAAUGAUAAACUUGACGAAAUGAAUGAAACACUUGAAUUGGAGACUGAAACAGAUAUAAUGAAUUCAACAUCAUCAUCAUCAUCUUCGCCUAUUGAUAAUACAACAUCUACCUCGUCUUCACAAAUUUGUCAUUUAGAUGACACUUCUUCCACUUUCAAAUUGAUUACAACAGAUAUUGAACUUUUUGAUAAAUCAAAAGUAGAAAAGUUUAUCAUAGACAACCAAUCUAAUUCGGCUCCAGAUUUAUUCAAAUUAGAUCAGAUUUCUAAUCAUCAUCCUUUGAGUACACUUGGAUUUUUUAUAUUUAUGAAAACUAAUUUAUUACAGAAACUUUCUAUACCCCCAGUAACAAUGCUACACUGUCUCAAAUGUAUUGAAUCUCGAUAUAAUCCCAGUGCUCCGUUUCAUAAUUCAAUUCAUGCAUUGGAUGUAUUACAUGCAACUUAUCAACUUUUUCAAUGUAGUAACUUAAAAAAUAUUUUCAGUGACCUUGAAACGUUCGCCAUUUUUUUCGCAUGCUCUAUUCAUGAUGUUGAUCACCCUGGUUUGACAAAUCAAUACCUUAUAAAUACGAGUCAUAAACUGGCCCUAUUGUACAAUGAUAUUUCAGUUCUAGAAAAUCAUCAUCUUCAUGUGGCCUUUAAACUAAUCAGUACAGAGAAAGAAUGUGAUUUUACACAAUUUCUUACAAAUCAACAGAAACAAUUAUUUCGAAAAAUGGUAAUCAAUUUAGUUCUGUCCACAGAUAUGAGUAAACAUAUGUCCUUACUGGCUGAUCUAAAGACCACUGUUGAAAAACAGCGAGCACUUCAAGGAAAUGUGAUUAGUUUGGACAGUUAUUCAGCUCGCAUGCAGAUAUUAGAGUGUGUAAUACAUGCAGCUGAUUUGAGUAACCCUACAAAACCUUUGGAAAUAUAUCAAGAAUGGGUUUCACGAAUCAUGGAAGAGAUGUUUCGUCAAGGUGAUCAAGAACGAGAAUUCGGGAUUGAAAUUAGUCCAAUGUGUGAUAGAGAAACUGCAUGCAUUUACAGUACACAGAUCGGUUUCAUCGAUUUUAUAGUUUACCCAUUAUGGGAAACAAUGGCUGAACUCUUGUAUCCAGGUGCACAAGUUCUAAUGGAGAAUAUAACAAGAAAUCGAGAUUGGUAUGCUAAUGCUAAAGAGAUGCAACAUGAACAAGAACACCAACAAUUUGAGAAGAAGUGAUCAGAGAUGAAGACGAAGUUAAUACUUUGCUCUUUCCCACUAUCAAAUUUCAUCUGUGCAUCUCUUCCCGUUGCUCAAUCCACCCAAUUAUUACAUUUCACCUUUCCCACCUAAUACUCGCGUAUUUAACCAACCUAUCACUCAAAAUUGACAACUGUUGACUCCUAUCUCCAUACACAAAGAUACAUCUUAUCUCUUCCACAAUUUUAUGCUUCCCCCCCCCCCCUCCGAAUUCAGAGAAAAGACAUUUGUGCCAAAUGAACACCCCUCAUCGCAAUUUAUAUAAAUCUUGAAAAUACAAUAAUGUAGCAUUAUAAUUAUGUACAUAAUUGUGUAUGCAUAAGUACUGUAUUGUGUUCUC